AGAGCGAUUGCCAAUUUGUAAACAAAGUUGUGAAUUUUAAAAAUAUCAAGAAAUCAUAAAAAUAUUAAGAAUAAUUACUAUAAAGAUAGUAAAAAAAUAACAUAAAUACGAUCAAGAAAAUAAAAAGCAUCAUUAUGUUGUCAUCUUCAUUGUAUAUCACUAAAAAUAUAUUAAAAAAUGCCACCUUAUUCUGCAACAGAUCCAUCGCAACAAAAAAUGUUAUUUCCAUUAGAAAUUUUAGUUUAAAUUUUCAAAAUAAGCUACUUGAGCCUAAGAACAAGAAAUUGUUACUUUUUCCAAAGAGAUCCUCUCAACAAUCAAUCACAAGAUUUUGUACAAGUCCACCAGCCACACCUGGACGUAAGGCUGUAGGAUGGUGGCUUGCAGGAUGCUCGGGAAUGGUCUUCGUAGCAGUAAUUUUAGGUGGAACUAUUGUUUAUGGAUUUAUUUUGAUGAGAGGUGUUACAAGACUUACUGAAUCUGGUCUGUCAAUGGUUAAAUGGAAACUAUUAGGAGAAAGGCCACCUUUGACUGAAGAUGAUUGGUUUCAAGAAUUCGAAACAUACAAACAGUUUCCUGAAUUUAAAUUAAAAAACCAAGAAAUGACGCUUGAAGAAUUCAAAUUUAUCUUUUGGAUGGAGUAUGGCCAUCGCAUGUGGGGACGUCUUAUUGGAGCUUAUUUUGCUCUUCCCGCAAUAUACUUUUGGAGUAAAGGAUAUUUCGCAAAGCCUAUGAAAAUUCGUGUCAGUAUAUUUGGAGCACUAAUUGGAAUGCAAGGAUUAAUGGGAUGGUACAUGGUGAAAUCUGGUCUUGAAGACAGGUUUCAUGGAGAGAAUGAUGUACCGAGAGUUUCACAAUAUCGUUUAGCUUCACAUCUUUCAUUUGCUUUUGUACUUUACACAUUAUUUUUAUGGUCUUCACUUGAACAUCUUUUACCAGCACAAAAGCUACAUGAAGUGACUGCAUCAGCAAUGAGAUUCAGAAAGUUUGCUCAUGUAACAAAAGGAAUGAUAUUUCUAACUGCAAUCUCGGGAGCUUUUGUAGCAGGCCUUGAUGCUGGUUUGGUUUACAACUCAUUUCCAAAAAUGGCUGAUCGAUGGAUUCCAAGUGACAUCCUGGCAUUCUCUCCAACAUUGAGAAAUUUCACUGAAAAUCCAACAACAGUACAAUUUGAUCAUCGCAUACUUGGUACUUCAACUUUAGCACUUAUAUCUGGGCUUUGGAUGCUUUCAAAGAAAUGUAAACUACCUCCGAGAGCACACAAAGCUGCAACUGCAGUUGCUGUUAUGGGAUGGAUGCAAGUUAUCUUGGGCAUUUCAACAUUAUUAACUUAUGUACCAGUACCUUUGGCAGCAAGUCAUCAGUCUGGGUCACUGGUUCUUCUUUCAUUAGCUGUAUGGUUAACUCAUGAAUUAAAAUUUCUUAAGAAGAUUCCGAAAUAAAAAACAUUUAAACAAGUUUAAUAGGAACAGAUAGAAAAUGAAAUACAUUCAUCUUUUACAUAUUUAAUGAUUAUUAUUGUGAUAACAAUCUUUUUGUUACAUGAUAAGUUUGUUUGUAUAUAUUAAAAUUAAAAAUAAAAAAAAUAAAAAAAUUACA